AUGGACAAGUUGAAGACGCUGCUGAUAGCGAAUCGCGGCGAGAUCGCGGUUCGCAUAUGCAAAACUGCGAGGAAGCUCAACAUCAAGACUAUUGCCAUCUUCUCCGGGGCUGAUGCAGCGUCCCAGCAUGUCCGGGAUGCCGACGAUGCAGUGCUGCUGCCAGGUGGCAAUGCGACGGCGUAUACAGACGGAGAAGCCAUCCUGCAGAUCGCAAAGGACAAGGGCGCAGAUGCAAUCAUCCCCGGUUACGGAUUCCUAUCUGAAAAUGCACAUUUUGCACGGCUAGUAACUGAUGCCGGAAUUGCAUGGGUGGGCCCUUCACCCGAAGCCAUCGAGGCUUUUGGCGUCAAGCAUACUGCAAGAGAGCUUGCAGAGGCAGCCAAUGUUCCUAUUGUCCCUGGAACAAAGGGGCUGGUUGAGGAUGAAGACGCCGCUGCCAAAGAGGCCCAACGCAUCGGCUUUCCCGUCAUGCUCAAGGCAACGGGAGGCGGUGGCGGCAUGGGUCUCAUCACUUGUCACAAGGUUGAGGAGGUACGUGACGGAUUCCGCAUGGUGCAGUCGAGGGGCAAGACACUGUUCAAGAACCUCGGCGUCUUCAUCGAGGCAUUCUAUCCUGCCAGUCACCACAUUGAAGUCCAAGUCUUUGGCAACGGACAGGGCCAGGCGAUUCAUUUUGGCGAGCGCGAGUGCUCCAUCCAGAGACGGCACCAAAAGGUCAUUGAAGAGUGUCCCAGCCCGUUUGUGGAAAAGCACCCAGAGUUGCGCAAGAAGCUGGGCGACGCAGCUGUGCGGCUCGCCGAGUCGAUCAAGUAUGGGUCUGCUGGAACCAUUGAAUACCUGGUCGACGACAAGUCUGGAGACUUCUUCUUUCUCGAAAUGAACACUCGACUCCAGGUCGAGCAUGGCAUUACGGAGCUGUGCUACAACGUCGACUUGGUGGAGCUCAUGCUCAAGCAGGCAGAUGCACGGCUUGCAGGAAGACACGGUCUUGAUGGGAAGAUGUUGAAAGACAUGCAGCCUUCGGGCCCUAUUGGAUCGGCUAUCGAGGCUCGCAUCUAUGCUGAGAACCCACUCAGGGACUAUGCUCCUUCGCCUGGUUUGCUCCAGAAGGUGGCGUGGAAGGACGUCCCGGGUAGUCGAAUUGACACGUGGGUGUUUACUGGUGUUCGAAUCACUCCAAAUUACGAUCCUCUGAUAGCCAAGGCAAUGGUUCACUCUCAAUCCAGAGACGGCGCAAUCGCAUCCAUGAAGGAGCUCCUUUUUCAAUCCUCAGUAAACGGGCCCCCAACAAACCUUGAGUUUCUUGCGAGUAUUCUUGAAGAUACUCGUUUCAAGGACGGCAACACCAUGACUAGCUUCCUCAGUGAUUUCCAGUACACACCGUAUGCUAUCGACGUGAUAUCUGCGGGUGCAUACACUCUUGUCCAGGACCUCCCUGGAAGACCAAACGUCGGCAAGGGCGUACCUCAUGCGGGGCCAAUGGAUCCCAUCGCAUUCCAGAUAGCGAACAUGCUCGUAGGAAACCCCAGAACAACAGAAGGACUGGAAAUCACCCUGAGUGGACCAGAGCUGCGAUUCGUCGGCCCUGCCAUUGUGGCUCUGUGCGGUGCGCCGAUGGAAGCUAGCUUGGAUGGCAAAGAGUUUCCCAUGUGGGCAAACGUAAAGAUUGAGGCUGGGCAGAGGCUCAAGAUUGGUAAAACUACAGGUGGUGGCUGCCGUUCCUAUCUGGCCAUCUACGGCGGGCUUCCGUCAGUAGCAGAUUACUUUGGCUCGAAAUCAACGUCUCCGCAGGUUGCCAUAGGGGGAUAUCAAGGACGUGCACUUGCGCCGAGUGAUUUGCUGAAAAUCACAGACAAGCUUCCAGAGACCUUCCAGAGUGUCACCGUCCCUGAGCACCUACGUCCAGUCUACAAAUCCAAAUGGGAGAUUAUGGCUAUGGUCGGUCCUCACGACGAAGGUUAUUUCGAACCUGAAUUCAUUUCGAAAAUCUACGAUACUGAGUGGAAGGUAUCCCACAAUGCUUCGCGAAGUGGCAUUCGCCUAAUUGGUCCCGUACCAAAAUGGGCGCGCAAAGAUGGCGGCGAAGGUGGCUCCCAUCCCAGUAACCUGGUUGAGUACGGCUAUCCUCUAGGCACCCUGAAUUGGACAGGGGACGACCCAUGCAUAUUUCCAGUCGACUGCCCCAACUUUGGUGGCUUCACGAGCAGUACGACAGUCAUCAAAGCCGACUGGUGGAAGCUAGGACAGAUCAAGGCAGGUAACACUAUCAAGUACAUUCGGGUUGGACUCGACGACGCUUUGAAGAAGAGAAGAUGGAAUGGACACUAUCUUGACUCUAUUGAGCAAGCCAUCAGCCAAGGCGGCGUAUUUGGAGGCGCCAGCAAACUACAGGGUGCGCACUGCGAGUUCCACAUGGGUGAGAUUGGGAAAGCUGUUCUGUGGGAAAGGCCAGCCGACGGAAACAUUCCACAGGUGAGAUAUCGUCAAGGAGGAGAUGACCAUCUGUUGGUCGAAUACGGUAACGAGAACUUUGAUCUCAACCACCGCUGUCGCGUUACCGCUCUCGAAAACGCCAUUCACUCUGACGCGACGCCUGAAACCAUUCGAUCAAACAUUCACAAUACUGUCGGUUGCUGCACUUCGCUCCUCCUUCAUUACGACGGGACCAAGAUUCCUCGAGCGUAUCUCAUCGCUCAUCUGCAGGCCAUCGAAUCCAAGCUUGGCGAUCUAAGAAGCAUGAAAGUGCCCACGCGUGUCUUCAAGCUACCCAUCUCCUUCGAGUCCAAAGCCCAAAAGGAGGCUACUGAACGAUACAUGGCCAACCAGCGGCCCCAUGCACCUUACCUCCCCGAUAACCUUGCUUUCGUAGCCAAAAAUAACGCCUUCACUCCCGAGCAGUUGAAAGACAUCUACUUGCGUGGCCAAUUUAUGGCUGUCGUCAUCGGUUUCUAUUGUGGAAACACAGUUUCUUUACCUGUAGACCCUCGCCAGCGUCUUUCCUCUCCCAAGAUGAAUCCUAGCCGCGUCUUCACCCCCGAAGGUACAGUUGGUUGGGGUGGAAGCUGCAUGUCCAUCUAUCCCGUCGACUCUCCCGGCGGGUACCAAAUGAACGGUCGAACCCUGCCGUGCUGGGACUACUACUUCUACAAGCCCGGUUUCGGCGACAAGCCCUGGAUCUUCCGCGACUUCGACAUCAUUACAUUCUACCAGGUCAGUGAGCAGGAGCUUGACGACUUGCUGGCAAAGUUCCGAGCCGGCAAGUACCAAUGGAACUACGAAGAAAUCAAAUUCGACAUGGCCGAGCACAAUGCGCUGCUGGAACAGACCAAGGAAGAAGUCCGCGAGAUCAGAAAAAGACAGGCCGUUGCGCAGGAGGAAAUGACAAAGGCUGAAAAGGAGAGUCUGGAGCGCUGGAGGAAGGAGAAGGCCGGGAAUCAGGUCGAUGAGAGUACGGUUGAAAAGAUGCUGGAUGAUCCUAAUAUCAUUGGUGUCGAGGCACCCGUUGACGCCAAUGUCUGGAAGGUCGAGGUUAAGGAAGGCGAUACGGUUGAUGGUACCACAGUGCUCGUGAUUCUCGAAGCCAUGAAAUUGGAAAUUGCCGUCAAGACGCCCGAUUCAAUCGCAAGCCACGGUAAGCUAACGGUGGAGAAGCUGCUGGUUAAGCCAGCGGAUACGGUGAGUGCAGGCGGGCAUUUGAUGUUGCUUCGCAAGGGAUGAGGGGAUGUGAAAUCCGAUUUAGCGAAUGUAUCGUAACGGAAAUGGAAAUGAUUACUUGGUUCUACGAAUACAUCAAAGCUGUGGAACUC